UGAGUUCAUUUCAGAUUCGUUCCAUCGUUCGACGGAGCAGGUCGUGUUGUUUCGUUAGGCGUUCGUACGUAGAUAAAAACAAAGCUAUGGUGUGGUGAAAAGUGUUUACUGUUUUAAGGAUUAAUCGAUUUGGAAUCUCCUCGAGAAUCUCAUACUGAUUGCUGUGAAGUGAUUGGAAAGAAACGAACCAACAACCCAAACCAUGUUCAGCAGCUCGCCGGAAAAGCAGUGGGCGCGAACGUUCGCCAGCAUCAAGGCGGCCCACGAUGAAGCGUACCGCAUAAUCGAGCGUGCCAUCAAGCUGGAGGAACGCGAGCGACCCGAUUUGGCCCUGCAGGACUACAAGAAUGGAAUACGGACCAUCGACGAAGCGCUGGCCAUUCCGGUGGAAAUUCCGGACAACUUCCAAAAGGACGAAAGCUGGAACAAGGCGGUCAAGAUGAUCCACAAGAUGAAGUGUACCCGCGGGGAAGUGCUGCAACGGAUUGGCCAGAUUGGCAGCCAGAUGGACCAACAGGAAGCGGAAGCGGCGAAGAAUGGAGAGGCUGGUGCAGCAGCAGCUGCUGGUGCUGUCGGGGGAGGUGAUAACUUGAGACCCAGGACGUACAACGAACUGGCUCAGGCGCUACGUGAGAUGCAGUGCAGUAACGAACAGGUUGGGGGUCCAAAUAUUUUGGAAUUGUUGUUCUCCUGCGACGGGGUUAAAAUGUACUACAUCGAACCGGACGGAGUUGUUUCGAGGACGCUGGACGACUCUACGCUACGGAUUGUGCGAAUCGAGAAGGACGACGUUAAGAAGUUGGAGAGUACGGUGUUUCUGCAGGUCAUCCCAACGUCGGCUUCUACCCGGAUCGAAAACGCCGAAGAACCAUUGGACCAAGCUGUGGAGGCCCAAGAAGGCUUUGUGGUCGUUAGCCCUGUGGAAGAGCAACGCGGAAUCGAUCCGUCCUUCAUUUACCCACUUAUCCCAGGGGUGUCUCCUUGCUAUCGCACAGAAUACGGUGCAUUUAUUAUUCCGGAUUUGACCUCGGAGUAUGGCCGAACCAUCGGAUUGGUGGUCCCCCAGGAAGCGGAUGAAAUUGUGUUGGAAAUAUUCAUCGCUUUCCUCCACGGUAUUGUCAGCCAAGGCGGAGCCGUUCGGUUUGGCAUUCCUAGAGAGAAGCGGAGCACAAGCGCCACCGUCUCGGCAAACAUCAUCAAGGGGGCAUUCUACGUAUCCAAGGGCUUGGUGAAAGGCGCCGAGAAAACAGGCGAGUUCAUCUCCUACAGCACACCAUAUCUCAUUUCGAAGAUCCGCAAAACCCCAGAAGAGGGUCCAGCACAAGUGCCAAGCAACGUCAAAACGGGCAUCGAAAUAGCCAAGUCCGUGACCGGCACAGCAGUAAACGUUACCAGCUACGUGGCGGGAAAAGUCGGAUGCGCCACCAUGGCUCUGGGACGAUUCCUAGCCCCGCACAUCCAGAAGCACGGUUCGGAUCUCCUAUCGUACAGCACCGGGAUCAGCCAAGAAGACGCUUCGGAGAAGGUCCAAGGAGCGCUAACUAUCUGCGCCGGGGCCGUUGAAGGUUUCGGAACCGUCUACGCCGGGUUGGAGAAGUCCGCAUCCAUCCUGGGAGGUAGCCUGAGUAACAGCACUGUGCAAAUCGUGCAGCACAAAUACGGACCGGAUGCCGGACAGGUGGUGGGAAGUUCACUGGAUACGGUCGGAAACGUGAUCAACGUGAGCCACAACAUGAACUACAUGACGCCGAAGGGGAUUGCCAAGCGGACGGCCAAGAAUGCCGGCAAAGCACUGGUGGCCGGUUAUAGACCGUCGAUUCCCGAGGUGGACAAUGAGGCAGGAGAGGGGCCAUCUAAUGGGGUCGUAACGUCGCAACAGCGAGUAGUGCCGGCGGCGGUUUUGUAUCCAGAUUUGUCCGAGUUGGCCAAGGAGGUGCAGAAAGGGGAAAAGUUCUAAUAGGGUUUCUGGAUAGUUUUGGGCCAUUUGAAUGUGAUCAAUGCAGUUGGCUUCUCUUGUACAAUAAUUUAAUUAUAGUUGAUUGAAAUUGGCUGUUUUACUUCCAUGGGCUACGAAUCUCAAUAAUAAAGUCACGACAAAAAUGUUUGAAAGAAUGAAGAUAGCAUUGAUAUUAGGAAUCUCAGAUAUUUUGAAAAUGCAUUAUAAGGUAAUAUAACGGCUUGAAAUAAUGGUUUGCUAAACAUAUAAUACAACGUUAUGCAUGUUAGAGUUGCAUAGUUCUGAACCAUUUAACGUAUGUUAAGGCAUCCAUUUAUUUUUUCACCAUGAAUGUCAGUGUUCGUCAAAUGGUUCAGAAGGUUUUUGCAUUUGUACUCGUCAUAUUUGUACUCUGGAAAUAAACAUGAUACAUAUAACUGAAA